AUGGGGACAAAACGGAAAGCUACGCUGUUAAGGAAAGAGAAGCGACGUAAAUCACAUUUUGAUGCCCAACUUGCUGAAGCCGUGUUGUUGUUAUCUAAAAAUCGUUUUUUACUUGUUUCUGUAAGUAAUUCUUAAAUUAACUCGGCUUUUUACUGUAUGGAUUUAAUAUUUUUUAUUUAUAGGGUCCUUUGUUUUCUGGACGUUCUACAUUAGCCAAAGACAUUGCCAAGUGUUAUGAACCAGAGUUGAGCACAGUCAUUAUCUCAUUCGAUGAUCAGAUGGAUUCGAAAGUAAGCUGUGUAAAGUUGUAUAGUUAUUCUUUAGACGUUGUUCGGGUGUUAUCAAUCUUCUGGUAUUCCUGGAGACUUUGUAUGGGAAUCUUCAGCGUUUCUGGAUGCAGUAACAACAGAAGGGACAUUGUUGAUUAUUAAAUCAUGGGAAACGGCUAAUUCUGACACACAAAACGCUGUGGUAAAAUUAGCCAGAGAUGGCUUUAUUAUGCUCCCGGGUGAAAGAAAGAUUGUUAUGAGUUCUACUACACGAAUUAUCGGCAUUGUGUUAGAUUCUGCACCUGUAAACAAAGAAUUGUCAUUUCCAUUGGUUAUUACUUGUCCUCCGUUGACAAAACAUGAUAUUAUAGAGCGAUUGGCGGGAUGUGUUGUACACGGAAUCAAAUUGGAUCAACUAUACGAUGUGUACAUUCAGAUAAAGCAACACAUUGAUACUUUACCGUACACAGAAAGGCGGUUGACCACAAGGUAAGUAAUAUUAUUUUAGGUAUAAAUAUUGCUUUAGGGAUUUUUAUUUGAUGUGCUCGAGACUAAACGGGAAGUCCUUGACAGUCACUGAUGUGUAUUUGGAUCUUUCUGAUGUGUUUAUUGGACAUUUAUGUAAAUUGGCACACAAGGAACGACCUCUACAAGUGAUAUCAUCGUUCUUGUCUAUGGCCAACAAUAGUGUGGAUUACAUUGAAAAAGAAAGAAAUGUUGAAUUGAAGUUGACGAAAGACGAAUUUGUUGUUGGUAGAGUAGCAUUGGAGGUACGAAAGCAUAAUGUUUCGUAAGUUGUUACCUAAAUUAAUAGUUUUUUAUUAGGUUGACUAAUUCGUUGCCAUUUGCUCCAACAAGAUGCUACCGGAUGUUAAUGGAGAAGAUUGCCAAAUGUGUGGAAAACAAGGAAUUUGUCCUUUUAAACGGUGAAACCGGUAUUGGCAAGACACGGGUAGUUCAAGAGUUGGCCAAUCGGAUAAACGUCAAGUUGGAAUCAGUGAAUCUUAGUUUGGAUUCAGAAGCUGUUGACAUAAUUGGAGGGUACAAACCUGUAAACGUGGGUGUUAUAAUACGACAAUUGGUGGGAUCGUUGUGCUUGGCCAUUGAUCUGACAGAAGAUUUGAAACAACGAUUAAUGGUGAGUUAACAUAACAUAAAUGUUACGAGAUUUAGGAACUCUUGAGCAAGAAGAAGUACAAGGCCUUCUUGAGAACGAUUUCAAAGUCUGUUGAAUAUCUGUUGACUACAGCUUCAGAAGAAAGGUUUCUGGUUUUGUCCAAGUUGCUAACAAAAAUCGAGCAACUUUCAAUGUUUCUGGCUUCGAAGAGCAGUAACACUCCAUUCAACUAUGCGAUUGGAGUACUUACACGUGCUAUGAAUGAUGGUUGUUGGCUGUUAUUGGACGAGAUUAACAUGGGCACGAAUGAAUGUUUGAAUGCUUUGGCUUCUAUUGUCACGGAGAAAGGGGCUUCUGCUCAUCCAGAUUUCAGAUUGUUUGCGUGCAUGAAUCCAGCUACAGACACAGGAAAGAAGAAGCUACCAGUUAAUGUCCGGGCGAUUUUUACUGAAUUCUUCGUAAAUACUCCUCGCGAUGAAGCUGAGAUUUGCGAGAUCAUCAAUCAGUAUUUGGCCACUAGCAAGACUCAGGAGCUGGCCAAAUAUUACUUGAACUUCAUCGACAAGAAUCCUCACAAGUUUAGGUAAUAUUUGCGGUAUUUUUAUUUUUUAUAUUGUUUUACACAAAGUAAUUUUGGUUUUUUAGUUUACGUAACUUGUGUCGAGCAUUGUUGUUGGCCAAAGAUGACGUUUUUCGAAGUUUUGAAAAGUCGAUGGAAAUGGCGUUAAGGUUGGGAUUCAACGACGAAAACGAAGAAAACUGGAAGCUUAUACAAAUACCUCAAAACAAGAGUUUAGGAGAUCAGCAAAAGAAUUUCGUGUGAGUUUUGAUGUUUACUUAACAUUUAUGUUUUAAUUGUUUAAAGAUAAGUUUAAAUAAAUAUUAACCAACUAAGGCAGAUAUGUCAAACUUGAUUUCUUAUUGUAGGUUGGUAGAAGGAGUUUACUUCCCUCGAGGACCUCAUCUUGUUCAAGAAGAUUCAGAUUACAUACGAACAGAAUCAGUUCAAAAGUACAUUCAGGCUAUUGCUGCUGCUGUUGCAUCUGGAAGGUUUCCAGUGUUGUUGGAAGGAGAAACUUCGACCGGAAAAACUUCUGUUAUCAGCCAUUUGGCCAAGGUCACGGGCUACACCGUACACAGAAUCAACAACCACGAGCAAACGGAUGUGCAAGAAUACAUUGGAAGUUACGUGCCCAACAAGGACAACAAGCUACAGUUCCAGGAAGGGUUGCUUCUGAAGGCGGUUAGGAAUGGAGACUGGGUCAUCUUGGACGAACUCAAUUUGGCUCCUACUGAAGUUCUGGAAGCUUUGAACAGGGUAGGCUGGGUUUUCAGUUUCUUUCUAUCUAUAAUAAUUAGACCUUUAUGAAUGGUUAUAAUGUUUCAUGUUGUUUUAGUUACUCGAUGAUAACCGAGAGUUGGUGGUCCCAGAGUAUGACAUUUGUGUCAAAGCUCAUCCGAACUUUAGAAUCUUUGCAACUCAGAAUCCAGCUGGUUUGUACGGCGGAAGGAAGAAGUUAUCUAGAGCUUUUUUGAAUCGAUUUGUUGUCAUCAACUUUGUGCAACCUCCAAAAGGCGAGCUCGUCCAGAUUGUCAGUAGAAGAUGUGGCAUUGCUGAGUCCUCGGCUAAGUUGAUGGUGCAGGUUAUGUUGGAGCUGAAGGUCAGAAGAUCGAACAACGCUAUUUUCAACACGAAUGGCUUGAUGACAUUACGGUACGGUUUUUAUUUUUUAUAUUAUGUUAACUUUACGCGGAGUUACGUAUAUCAAGUUUUAUUGGUUUUGCUGCAGUUUAUAGUAUCAUUUGUCUUUUUAGUGACUUGUUCCGCUGGGGAAACCGUCUUCAGAAGGCAGAAGAGUCUCGUGAAUGGAGACAAGAGUUGGCCAAUCAAGGUUACUUCUUGUUGGCUUCAAGAUGCAGAAGCCAAGAAGAUUCACUCAGAAUCCAAACUAUCCUGGAGACUUGUUUGAAGAGGACAAUCAACGUGGAGGAGUUGUUUUCGAUCAGUUCAUAUUACUUUCCUGGAUCUAUGAAACAAAAUUGUACCGAAAAGGACGGUGUUACUGUUUUGUACGACUACAUGGUGCUGACUCCGUCUCUGAUCAAGAUGAUUAUAUUGUUCAAUGAAGGAUUAAAGUCAAACGAGCCUUUGUUGCUGGUGGGAGAGACGGGAUGUGGAAAAACUAGUGUUACCUACUUGAUGGCUAACGUAUGUUUUUGAAAGCUUAUAAUAGUGUGUAUUUAAGUUAAGAACAAAUCGAGUUUUACGAUUAUUAGACUUUAUAUGUUUAGAACAAACUGGAGUUCAUCAAUUGUCACGAACGUACUGACGUCUCAGAUUUGCUGGGAAGUAUCCGGCCGACUUCAGAUGGCUUAUUCCAAUGGCACGAUGGAGUGGUGACACGAGCCAUGAAGACAGGCAGCUUGUUGUUGAUUGAUGAGAUAUCUCUGGCUUUUGAUUCUGUUUUGGAGAGGCUGAAUUCAAUGCUGGAACCUUCUCGGACUAUUCUUUUGGCUGAUUCUGGAGCUAGUUCUGAAGUUGUUACAGCUGUUUCCGGCUUCCAAUGUGUGGCUACAAUGAACCCUGGCGGAGAUUACGGUAAAAAAGAGGUGAGAGGCAAUUUAACUUUAAAUUUGGUUUUUAUUUUUUUUAUAUUACCCUUGUUGUGUUUUAGUUGUCUAAGGCGCUACGUAACAGAUUUACGGAGAUCUGGUGUGUCUUCGGAGGAGAUGAACAGGAAGUGUUGUCGAUUUUGAGAGCACGGUUACUAAAGGAAUUAACUACGGAACAAACGGAUUUGGAGUUGAUUACAAGAUUCUUGGCACGGUUUUUGGUCUCAUUCUUUAAAGAAAACUCUAAAUUCUUACGGUAAGUAUUCUUGACCUGUUAAUAUGGAAAACUUUUUAGUCACAAACUGUGCGCGAGAGAUGUUGUUGUAGUAGCUGAAAUGAUGACUAACUUUAUCAAAUCAACGGAGUUAUCUUUGGCCGAAGCUUUGUAUCACACAAUCUCGAGUGCGAUACUGGAUUCUCUGUCUCAUAUCUGCAACUCUUACCAUACUAACUCUGUGGGACAACUUACAGAAGCUGGAAAAACAUUGUUCUCCCGUCUUUACAAGGAGUUAUCAUCUGAGUCUAUUAGUUUGGAUACAUUUGAAGAUCUUUCUGUUCAAAUCAGAGCAAAUCAAGUGCAAAUUGGACCAUUUAAAGUGCCUUUAGGACGAUUUGAGAGGCAAGAUCUACAAGAAUUCAAUCUCAAUGCCAAAUCGACUGCUUUAAAUGCUUUGAGAGUAACCCGGGGGUUUGCUGCUAACAAGCCUAUCAUGCUGGAAGGAAUGCCAGGAAGUGGAAAGUCUAGUCUGAUUGGAGCUUUGGCUAAAUUAAGUGGGAAUAAACUGAUACGAUUGAAUCUGUCAGAUCAAACGGUAAGAUACUGACAAAGAAUUUGAUUAGUAAUUAAAAGUUUCUAAUUUAUACUUGAUAUUGUUUUAGGAGGUAUCUGACUUGUUUGGAUCAGACGUGCCAAUUACUCUGCCUAAUGGUACUGUAUCGUUUGAAUGGAACGAUGGACCAGUAUUAAAGGCCAUGAAGGAAGGCUGCUGGAUCUUGUUGGACGAAAUGAACUUGGCUCCUCAGGCAAUUCUCGAAGCUCUCAAUUCAUGUUUUGAUUUUCGAAAAACUCUGUACAUCGCUGAGCUUGGACGGUCAUUCAGUAUUGACACGGCCGUUCCAGCCAGAUUCUUUGCUUGCCAGAACCCGGAAAGGAUGGGAGGUAACAGACAUGCGUUGCCAAAGUCCUUCAUCAACAGAUUCGUCACCAUUUUCACUCAAGAUCUGAGUUUGGAGGACUUCAAGGUGAUCGUCGAGUUUGUGGUCGAAAAGGAGGGUCUUAAUGAUAAGGCCGAGACUUUUAUGGCCAUUCACAGAUUGUGUAAUGACGUCAUUAGUGUUAGAGGAGGUAACAGAGUACCAGGUGCACCAGUCGAGUACAACCUUCGAGAUUUGAUGAAGAUGAUCGAUUGUGCGAAAAAGGUAAGUUUUAACUAUAUUUUUUAAAUAAAAAUCUGGUAUUUAAUAUAAAUAUUAAUUUUAGUUUGGCAUUCUGGAAGCAUUUGAAUUGAUUUACUUGGCUCGACUUCACAAGUUAGAUGACAAACUUAAGGUGGGUUAUAUAUUUGAUUUUACAAUGAACUUUUUCGUUUUAGUUUAAAGAAAAGAUUUCUACUGAGGUUCUCUACAAUGAAAACUUGUCAUUGUCAGUAAAACUAAACUCUGCGAAUGAUAAGGUUUGUAUUCAAGACAUUGCCUUCAACAACAUCGAUACUAACAACUUUUCUGUUUUGUCAUCACAAGUUCGUUUAAUCCAGAAAUUGGUUAUUUGCAUUGAGAGUGGAAUUCUGACGUUGUUAAUGGGACCCAAAAGUAGUGGAAAGAAGACAAUGGUAUCUUUCUUGGCUCAGUUGUACCAAGUGCCCCUUAAGGUGAUCAGCAUGAGUAGUGAGACUGACUCUCAGGACUUACUUGGAGCCUAUGAACACGUAAGUCAAAGUAGUGAAGACUGAUAUUGUUUUAGGUGUUGGAUGUGAAGACCUUGAAGAAGUGUGUUGAUGAAGUUGUUCAACUCUCAGUCCAACAUGAUUUCACUGACAAGGUCAAAAGUAUUGUGGACACUUUGAAGAUGGUGGUGACAAACUCGGAACGACGCACUUUGGUCAAGUUGCUGGUUAAGGAGACUGAAGGCAUGGGUAAGUUAUGAAAUUAACUUAUUAAUAAUUAUAUGCUUUACCUAGAUUACGUUGUGUUAAAGUUCAAUUACUGAUAGUUUUUGAAAUAAAUCAAAUUUUAGAAGUAAAAUCAAGACUGGUCGAUAUUUUAAACGAAAUUAACCGAGCUACAUUGACUUUUGAUUGGCUAGACAGCGAGUUUGUGAAGGCUUAUAGUCAAGGAGAGUGGGUGCUGAUUAAGGAUGUCAACUGUUGCAGGUAAGAUUAAUAUUGUUGUUGUAAUUGACUCUUGAAUUAUGUUUAGUGCUGCUGUACUUGAUCGACUGAACAACUGUUUGGAGCGGGAAGGAGAACUGGUACUGUCAGAAAAGGUGGAUGGAGAGUUCCGAGUUUUGAAACGACAUAAAAACUUUAGGUAAGGCAACGUUUUUAAUUUUAACUUGUUUUUUUUAAAUAUUAUUUGUUAAGCUUAUGUUGUAACAUUCUAUGUUCUAAACUGUAAUAUGUGUUAUUGUUUAGAGUAUUCUUCACAAUGCGACCAGAAAAUGGUACGAUUUCGAAUGCGAUGAGGAACAGAACGGCCGAAAUCUACAUCUCCAAGGACGAGUGCUGGACAUCUGCUUGGUUGGACAGGUUACGAGUACUGGUACCCAACCUUCAGCCGUAUCUCUUAAAGUUGCGGCGACUUGAUGUUGCUGACAACUCUGUUUUACAUUCAGAUGCCUUGAAGUGUCUAAAGACGUGUAAUCUCUCAAAAGAAGCUCGACUUAAUCUAGUUGGUCUAGAUGGUGUAAUCGAGGGUAAUCAGACUUUGAAAAAGUCUAUAGACACCUUCUACAAUGUGUCAUGGUUUGUCAAUAUGGAGGCAUUUGAUGUUAACAUGCUGUGUUUCUUUGCUCGUGUUGUUUCUGGCAUUGAUGGAAAUCUGGCAAAGAUAUUGUUGACUGAUGUUAAUAAUUCAGUUUCGACAUCACAACAUUGGAACGAUGCAUUGGCAUUGGAAGGACGAAAAGACUGGUCGAUAAUUGGAAUUGGCAGUUGUGAAAAUGAAGACAACAAGUAUGGUUAAAAUAUACUUUAGAUAAUAAUACUUAUUAACGUGAUUUUAGGUAUCUAUGUGAACAUAUAUUGUGUGUUGUAUUGGCUGAACUGAACAAAGUGCCUUCACCAAACUCGAUAAUGGCAAAGCGAAGUCAAUUCGAAGAUUCUCAGACAGUCACUGGCUACUUAUUGGACAUUUUCGACAGUUUUAUGGUCAGAUUGAAGGCGAAAGAGUUGCUGGACAAAGAAGUGAGUAUUACCUACGUAAUAGUGACUUUAAUUAAUAGUUUUGAUUUUUGGUACAGUAGAAGAGUGUUUUUAUAUUAAUAUUGUUUUUAGAUAUUAUAUGCAGCCUACCUGUUUGUCCAAAUCAUGAUGACUGAGUGGAAUCCCAACAUUGUGGAUGUAAUUGGUUUGGAGUUUUGCAAAUAUCUACACAAAUUGUGCAUCUCCAAGGACUUACCGUAAGAUUUCAAUAGUUUUGGUGACGCAUUGUUGAUUAUAUUAUUAAAGAUUAACUUAAAUAAUGUUGUUUUGAAUUCUAGAGAAGGCGUGUUCUUGACAAAGCUGGACGAGCUAAUGAGUAUGAUGAACGUCAGUGGAAACAGAAGACAAAUACUACAGUAUAAUGAUAUUCAAGGAUUCACUGAUUUUAAGCAGGUUGAAGAAGCCAGAAAACGAUAUUCUUCGUUGACCAGCCAUGUUAACGAUGAUGAAAGUUGGUUGAAUUCCGUGAAGACUCAGCUCACGACGUUAAACCAAGCAUUGUCAGGACUUGCCAAACCAAAUGUAGGUGUAUCUUUAUCAUUAUAUUGUGUUUUCUCAGUUUGAAUUUAUUCAUUUGGACAAAUUCACUCGUAUGUUACCGUACUUCCCUGUCCAAAACGACGAGAUUAUGCUGAAGUUUGGAGUUCUGGCUUCCUACAGAAUGAAGAUUCUUCUCGGUCACCAAAGUCGUAUGAUGACUGACAUCUCUCAGUCAGAUUCCUUGAGUCCGAUUCUGAAUGGCUUCUGGAAGCGUCUGAAGUACAAACAGAACGUCUCUAACUUGACACUGUCAGAUCUGGUUGGUUUUGAUCAAAUUGUGCAGAAGAUCACUAAGGAUGUUACUCAAUACUCGGCUAUCGAACACGGAAUCGCUGAAAGCGCACGGUAAGUGAUGUAAAAGUGUAUAAAGGUUGUUUAGAAAUUACUUUGAACAAUUUGGUGGAGAUCAGAAAGUUUUUGCCAGAAUCGAGAACGUUCAGAAGAAUGUUCCAGAGGAAAUGAUCGAUCCGGUAUUACGACUACAUGCUGGAAAGGAAAUUAACUUGAAGUUGGCACAGAUUCUAAAGCUACAGUACGAGCUUCUGAAGACGUACAGCUGGAAUAUUCUUGGUCCUUAUUCAAAGUCGAAUAGCUUGGCAUUUGAUUUUGCUGAUGACAAUUCGAGUGGGUUCAGUAGAGACUUGUACUCUAUGGUCUUGUCGAACAAGAAGAAGCUGGAGAAGCUACAGAAACUGGGGGAGAUCAUUCGACCUUCAAACACAAACGUAAGAAUUUAACUUUUUACAAUUUAGUUUUGUUAUAAUACUAAAUUUAACAAACUUUAGUUUUUUGAACUGUGUCAACUAAUGACCAUCUUUGUAAACCAAUUGGAGCAACUUCUGAGUCAUGGAGAAGAAGUGAAGAGGGAUUUGUUGCACGAUUCGAUCAGCAGACAUGUUGAUCAAAUUACCGCCUCUUAUUGGGAAUACCCAGAUGUCUUAUCACCUUACUUCUACUCUUUGUUUGAUAUGGAGAUUUAUCUUGCCUUGAAGAAACCUGAGGUUUCUGAGAAUAAGAUGGAGAAGUUGUUGAACAAUUUCGACUGGGUCGAUCAACAAGAUGUGUCGUCGUUGGUUACUGCAAUGUCACAACUGAUUGCCUCUCUUCCAGCUCGAUUACAAGUUCAAAUGAUCAACGAAGCUCUAUUCAUAGAGAAGACGAGACCAGAGUCUACAGUAUCCUUGAUUCUGGAAUGGCUGAAGGUACAGUGGAAGGGAUGGUACGAUAACAUCAGGAAGAAACAGAAGGACCUCUUCGAGUACAAGACCACUCAAAGGAAGAGACGAGAAGAGAAUGGAGAGACUGUGGAGGAAGAUGCUGGAGUGGACGAGGAAAUGGCUCAGGUAUGUCAGAGUAUAACUGAUGUAUAAUGUUUCUUCUUGACUGUUUCUUAUUUAAACGCUUUCAGAUUGAACAGAUGCUUCCCGACUUCUCAGACGAAAGCCAAAGGAAGUUCAGCGAAGAGAUGCACGAAGUGAAUUCAUUCACAGAAUCUGAGAUGCUGUCGUUAAUAAGGUCUGUCCUGAACAAGAAGGUAGAAGCAGACGAGACAGCUGUGUAUUGUUCAUCUCUUUUUGUGAAUUCUGAUGAAUUGAUGUCUUCCACCACCGCCAACUUCAACACUCAUGCUCUCAACUUGAUCAAGCUUCGAGAGGAUGUACAAACUGGUACCACUGGUGCUCUAAAUGUGUACAAGUUUAACGAUUCCAACCUUUUGAUUGACUGUGUGAGUAAGAUGCAGAAGGUGGAAGAGAAAGUAAACGAACUGUUGGCCUUGUUCCCUGAAAACAACAUUUUGAAAAACAUCAUUGUGUCAUUAGAGUCUUUUUACAACACUACUGCUUGUCAUCCUCAGAUGAUGUACACAUCCAUGUUGGAGACUGUUUUGGGUAUGUUUUUUUUUAAAUUAAUAUUGUUAGAAGUAGUUCUAUUAUAUAUUAACACUAUUUCUUUAAAUCAUGUAUUUUAGAAAGAGCGGAGCUAUGGGAAGCCAAUACCUGUCGAGAAUAUUCACUGGCCGACCUUCUGAACCCCUUAAGACAAGUGAUCUUGAACUGGCGGAAGAUGGAAGUCGUGUGUUGGAGUGAUAUUAUCCAUGAAGCUGAACGAAUCUCCCAUCAGAACGCCUUGGUUUCAUCGUGGCCUUUGUUUGAAUCCUUUUUGAAUUCGGAAGAGGAUUCUGAAGACUACGAACGCAAGCUUAUGGUCAUGUUGAUUCAGUGGCUGAACGAUUCUUCGCUGAACGAUCUAAAUGCACGAUUGGAAUCUGGAGAGAUGGUGUUGUUGUGGUUGAGAUUGUCAAACCAAAGAAGUCAAGUCACCGAGAAGAUCAACAGUGUGUUAAUGUAUUACAAACAGUUUGGGGAUACAGUAAGACAAAAAGUAAAACCCCAUUUGGACGAGACUAAGGAGAAACUGGCCAACUUGGUGAAGGUAGCCAAGUACACUGAUCUGAACCUUUGGAGCGUCAAGGACAGUGCUCAGAGAGUGCACAAUCAGUUGUGUCGGCUGAUUCAUGGUUACAAGGUAAGUUUUGAAGACAGUAAAUCACUUCUCCAACAUAUUAUUAUAAAGUAAUAAUUGACUUUCAGGUGGAACUGAACAAACCAGCCAAUUCCGUGUUUCUUGAUUCAGUCUUGUCUUUGAACGAGGAUCUGACCACGUUCUUCUCGAACAUCGAAUGGGAAUUGGCACUAACACCUGGAGACAACAAUUUUGAACAUUUCACUGUUAAACUGAAUGACGUUCUGAAGUCAGCCUUCUCAUCUGACGACGGUAUUCAACUAAUCGAACUCGGAACCGCUUUCCUUGAUCAAAUCAGAGAAAAUGUAGAUUAUUCCAAGGCCAAAGAACAAUGUCAAGAGAAUGAUAAGGAAGAGCUGGAGAAGGUCCAGCUGAAGAUGUAUUCAAGGGAAAUUGCCAAACGGCAACGAACCUUCGCCGAUCUCAGAAAGAAAGUCAUUGCCUACGGCUUCAAUCAUCGUAAGGGAAUCACGAUGGAGACAGAUGCCUUGACUGAAGCCAGUAUGACCAGUCUGAAGGCUACGAACUCGCCAUUGGUAAGUUGAGACAAAAGUUAUUUCAAAAAUUGUGUAAAAAUAAACAAAAACAGGGCGCAGCUUGCAAAUAAAAUUUGCAGGCCGCUCAAUAUAUUAGUUGGCAGUUUUUAAUAAACAAAAAAUUGUUUCAGCUGGAUCAACUUGUCUUGGCGAGUGCAGCAGCUCGAAAUGUUGUUGUGAAGUUACUGGCAGCCUUCAAUCACCACGAGAAACAAUAUGUUGCCAACCAGAUAUCACCUGAAAUGUUCGCUUUCGUCAGAGGAGUUAUCGAAUAUGGACAAAACGGAUUUUUAAAGCUAAACAAGGCUUUCUCAGACAUUGAACAGCUUCAAGUGCCAGUAGAAACAACCAUUGCUGCUCUAGAUGAUGUGAAAGAGGUAAGAAUUGUGUUGUACAAGGAUUUUUGGGUAAUAACAACAUUGUUUUUAACUCUUUUUUCAGAGCAAAAGGACAUUCAAUUACAAAAAGCUGAGUACAGUGCACAGUGAACUUGUUGCUUACUCAUACAUUUUGAAACGGAAGUUUGAGACAUUCAAAACUGUGGUCAGUAGCCCGGAAUUGGGCGGAGAUGGUCAGUUUAGUCAACAUUAUCCAUUGUUUUUGAAAUCGGAAGAAGACUUUAAGAAGUUGGAAGUUUUGAACAAGGAAAUCGAAGAUAUUUUGAGCAGAAAUGUUUUGAAUGAGGACUUCGAAGAGCUCAAGACAAGGUAUGUUGUAGUAGGGUUAAGGUUUCAUAGAGUUCUUAAAUUGUGUUAUUUAAAACUAUUUCAGUGAGCUUAAUGGUUAUGUCUCAAAAAUACGAGAAACAACAGAAGUAAUGACAUCAAAGUCAACGGAUCUUAAAGAAUUGGGAGGAAGUUACAGUAACCACUUUGUGAAGGCAUUGGAAAAGUUUAACGACAAAGCGAACCACUUCAUCGAACUGUUCGAUACUCACGAUGUUGAAGUUAAGAUGGUGGAAGUGAAAGUCGAGUCAUACUUACUGAAGGCUCAAUCUAUUUACCGUUACUUUGAGCGUACUGUAGAGAAGCCUGUCUUCACAAAACUUGAGACUUUGCCGUCUUUGUUUGAGACAAUCGAUUUGAACGAGGUAGGUUUUUAAAUCUUGUCUUUUUAAUGCUUGAAGAACAUAAGAUAAUAUCAUAUUUUGUAGCAAACACGGGUCGUUACGGAUCUCAAACACCAACUCAAGCUUGGUGUUAUACCUAAAAAUUACAUUGUUCUGGCGAGCACGUUGAAGGGGUAUUCUACUGUACUCAAAAACGUGUACGACUACUUAUGUAAGGGAACAAUGAUGGCCACCAAGUUCUACUACGACUUUUGUUGUUCGGCUGAAUGGCUUCUGAAGAACGGCUUCUUGAAUCCGAUUCCUACUCUUGAGAAACAGAGUGGAGAAGGUGAAGGAGAAACAUCAGGUGAACCAUCUGGAAUGGGUGAAGGAACUGGUCAGAACGAUGUCGGUAAAGAGAUCGAAGAGACGGGACAGGUGGAGGGUCUUCAAGAUGAGGAAGCUACUGGAGACGAUCAAGGCAACGACGGUGACAAAAACGAAGCCGAAACUCCACUUGACAUGGAGGAUGACUUUGCCGCCGAUUUGGAGAAUUUGGAUGGUGAGGAAGGCGAAGGUAAGUGUAUAUAAUGUUGUCUUUGGAAAGGUUUUAAUUUACGUUACAAUAUGUGUUUGAUCGUAUUAAUAUUUUAGAUGAGAAAGACGGAAAAGAGGAAGAAGGUGACGAGAAAGAACCUGAUUGGGACAUGGGCGACGUGGCCGAAGACGAAACUAAACAAAUCGAUCCAAAACUCUGGGAUGAAGAACAAAAGAAACCAGAAAACAUUGACAAUGAGGAGCAAGGAGCACAAGAAAAGACUGGAGAAACUGUCGCACAAGCUGAGGAAGCUUCUGGAAAGGAAUCAGAACAAGAUGAUCAACAAGAAGGUGAUGAAGAAGAAAGUGCGGAGAAGGAAGAGGAGGGUCAGGAAGAAGAUGCCAUGGAAAACGUGGAUGAAAUCUGUUUAGAUGAAGAUGAGCACGUUCAAAACGAGCGAGAUAAUGAAGAAAUGGAUGUGGAUGGUGAACAACGAGUAGUCGAACAGCCCAAAGAUGAAGAAACUGGAGAAGAAGAAGUUGAUCACGAUGAAGAUAAUGUAGAGGAUAAAGGAAGCCAAGAAAACAGCGAUCAACAAACUCAUGAUGAUCAACAAGCUGAUACUGUCGAUGUGAAUGGACGCGGGGUCAGAGACGAUGAAGCAGAAAGGAAUCAAAAUAAGGAAGACGAAGAAGGACAAGAGAUGGAAAAUAAACAGAAAGGACCUGCUGGGGAAUCUGGACUGGAAGGUGUCGAGAAUCAAGCAGAGUAAGCAAAUUUAAUGAGUUGUAGUGAAGAUUGUAGUAGGUGAUUUCAUAAUCUUUACUUUUUUUAGGGAGAACGAACACACAGAUGUCUUAGAGAAAAAGAAUGAAGAAACAGCUGAAAUGAGUAGACUAAACAAGGCUGACGAUGCCAUGGAAGUCGACGAAGCCGAUAUCGUGCCACGGAACGAUGACGAUGUAGUCAAGGAAUCUCAGAAAACUUUUGCUGAACAAGAAAAUGAUGAUCAGAGCAACAAUAGUCAUUAUGUAAGCUUCACUAUAAUCUAGGAUGAUUUAAUUUACUUCAGGAUAUAAUGUUGAUUUUACUUUUUAGGUGCAAAAGUCUACAACGGCGGACAAAGCCAAAGAAAUGGCAAAGCACAAAGUCAAGGAUAACAUCACUGAUAAGGCUGAAAAGGAAAAGCAGAGCGACCUAUCGAAACUUAAGGCAUCUAGAGACCAUGAACAUGUUUUGGACUCGUUCUACUUGAAUACUACAGUAGACGUGGGCAAAGUCAUCAGAGCUGAAGGUAACAUGGAUUCACUGAAGAAGUCGUUGGCUGAGCUUCAGAUGGACGGCGACGGAAAGGCGGAGUUGGAGAAGAAGUGGGAGUUGAUCAGUAGCAGUGUCAGUUCAGAUGCUUUUGAACUGGCAGAAGCUCUUCGGAUUUUGAUUGAACCGACAAAGGCAUCCAAGUUUCAGUAAGUUUAUUAGUUUACUGACUUGUAUUACGGCUUACUGUAUGUUAUGUUUCAUGUGUUACGUUUCAGGGGAGAUUACCGUACUGGAAAGAGAUUGAACAUGCGUCGUCUGAUCCCUUACAUUGCCAGUAAUUACCGUAAGAAUCAGAUUUGGAUGAGAAGGACGAAACCUGCCAAAAGAACCAUUCAUGUUUGUCUGGCCAUAGACGACUCCUACAGUAUGAAGGAGAAUAUGAUGACGGAAGUAAGUCUAGACAAUAUAGUUUCUUUUUGAAUUGAAAUUGCAAAUUUAAAUUAAACUUACUUUAGAGCACCUCUCAAACUGUCUGCUUGUUGGAGAAGGCCUUCAAACAGCUGGAGAUUGGUCAAGUGAGUAUAUGCAAGUUCGGAGCUGAUGUGAAGAUGUUGUGUGAGAGUGCAGAAGAAAGUAACAUGGAUCAACUAGGGCCUCAACUGUUGGAGAACCUCAAGUUCGACCAGUCCAAGACCGAUCUGUCUGUCUUGUUGAACAAGAUGGGUGAGUUCUUCAAUUACUCGAGACAAAUGGCCGACGCCUCUCAUCAACUACUUGUUGUUAUUGGUGAUGGCAGAGGAACGAUGGUCCAAGGAACAGCACCCGUCAGGAGAGAAGUGGAGGAGUUGGUCCAGCAAGGAGUGACCACGCUUUAUCUUGUAGUAGACAACCCGACCUCAUCCGUGUUUUCGAUGAAAGUGGCCAGCAAGACCUCAGGGAAGAUGCAGUUGUCCAACUACAUGGACUUGUUCCCCUUCCCCUUCUACACCGUUGUCCAAAACGCGGCAGUGGUACCGUUGGCUGUGUCAGAAGCUAUGAAACAAUGGGUGGACGCGUUGAUGAUGUAG